UGAAUCUAUGAAUAUUGAAGAAGAUGAGAAUGAUUUGGUUUUCUAUGCCAUUCAAAAAGGGAUGUCUAUGGAUAAUUGUUCAACAUGGAACAUGCCCAAGAAGCAUAUAGAUAUCACCAAGUUCAAAUUCUUGCAGCUAGGAAAAGGGAAGAAGAAUACAAAGAACAGAAAGAGGAAAAUUGAGAUGUUCCACCAGAUGAGGAUCAAUGUCAUGAAGAACUUACUUCAUACAUACAUGAAGAACUUUCCACAGAAGUCUGCUCAUUUCCAUGAAGUUGAAAUUCAUGGUCCUAAAGAAGACCAAGAAAUAGAAGUAGAAUUGAAAACAUUAUCAGUUGAUUUGGUCCAAGUCAUUUUGAGAUCUGAAUUGUGAUAUUCUCUUUGGCAGACAUAACUUCUAUAUAUACCCACAACAAGCAAUGCGCGGCCAAUCCCACGAGUUCCUUUUUCAGAUAACCUCACUUGAUUUUUUGGCAAAAUUUCAGCUUGAUUUUGAAUGUGUGCAUAUGUGAAGGUAAGUCCUUAACUUCAUGUUUUCUCCUAGACAACCUAAUGCAAUUAUAACAUCUUUACCGUUUGUAAUCAACUUUGGUCUAUUGCUACCUUUCGGCUUUAACUUUUCUCAACUUUCGAGAUUUCAGCUGACUCGAAUUUAAAAGAAAGGUUUAAACCAUAAAUCUAUAUGUACAUAUAUAAAGCUGGGAAUAAAAAGGAGAUGUGACACUUUCCUAUGCCCA